AUGAAGAUGAUUAUGAUCACUAUCUUAUCUAUUUUACUUCUAAGUGAAGCUCAAUAUAUCGAUGAUCAAUUGAAUAAUGAUAUAACAUCAACAAUGAAUUCUUUUAUUUUGACAAAACAAACAGAAAAUGCAUCAGUUAAAGAUGAAGAUAAAACUAUAUUAAUAGAGUCAUCAACUGAAUACAUAUUUGAUAAAUUAAAUCAAAAUGAAACAAGUUCAUCAAUGAGUUUAAAUCAUUUAACCGAUAUUAUAACAUCAACAAUCAAUAGUGAUACAUCAUUCUCAACAUAUAUUCUAUCAUCUAUCAAUGAUUUUCAAUAUACAACACAUAGAAAUGAUAUUUUAUAUAGAAAAGAACAAUGGUUUAAUUAUAAUCAAACAAAUCAAAAAGAUUCUUAUGAUUAUUCGAUAUUUUGGAGAAAAAUACAUGAUGAAUCAUUGGAUAGUUCAACUUAUAUACUAAAAUCUGAAGGUGAAUGUGUUGAUCGUAUGUGUUAUGUUAAAUUGAAAUAUAAUGGUUCAUUAUCAAAUAAUAAUGAUGGUUGUUUAUCAUUUAUUCUUUGGACACGAGGUCAACCAGUUGGACAAUUAUGGAUUGAAGAAGAUGAAGAACAAGAAAAUAUUUCACAAAAAAUUCAAUUAACGAAUUCAAGUUUACGUAUUGAACAUUCAUUAAAACCAAAAACAAAAAAUUUAUCAAUUGAUGCUCGAAUAUUAUUUCGAAAUUCGAAUACUGAUUCAAUAACUUUAUCUAAUUUAAAUGUUAAUUGGAAAGGAUCUUGUCCAAAGCAUCAUUCAAUGACAGCAUAUCCCUAUAUAAAUAUCGAUACAUCGACAUUAGAAUAUGAAUUAACAACAUUGACCAAUUAUGAUUUAUCUGAAACAAGUUUUUUACCAACAACUGAUAGAUUUGAAAUAAGUGAAGAUUAUUUAUUCAUUGAAUCAUCAACAAUUAUAUUUAAUGAGAAAUUAAAAAAUCAACGUUCAUAUUCAUUAGUUAAUCAAUCGAAUAUUCGAUGGAUUUUAACAUUAAUUAUAUUAUUUUGUUUAUUUAUUAUUCUACUUUCAUUUCUAUAUGGUUUAUGGUCAAUACAAGAAUAUUAUCGUUUUACUUGGUAUGUUCAUUUUAAUUAUCCAAUUCAAUUAAUUAGUCGACGAUCAAUUCAUUCAUCAACAAGAUCAGAAUGUGAAAUUGAAAGAUUUUCCUCAAUAUCCAAUGAUAUUUUUCAUAUAGAUUAUCAACAAGAGGAUUUUGAUAGUUUGACAAUGAAUAGUAGUCAAUCAAUACCAUCACCAACUCAUGCUUAUUUUUAA